AUUCUGGGUGCGAUUCCCCAAUGCGCGCAUGCGAUGCGAUGAUGCGCCUGAACCCUGCCAAGUCUCGUCUCAGCAGCCAAUCGGGGGGAUAGGUCGUCGGGGAAUUGUCACGGCGACCCUGUCAGUUCUCCUUCUCCCCACCUCUUCACUUUCCUUAUCCUCUCCUCCCGCUUCCUACCUUACUUAAUUGCUCCUUCCUCCCUCGUAGGCCGACAAUGCCAUCACUCAUGGAGCUUCUACCUAUCGCGGUAGCUUUUGCUGCUGUCAUAGGAGGUUUCCUCUGGUACAGCAGCAGCAGCAGCAGCGGUGGAAGCCGCAAGGUGCUGAAGCCGACGGAAUUCCAGGACUUCAAGCUCUCGGAGAAGACAGUCCUCUCGCAUAAUACCGCCAUCUACCGCUUCGAUCUCCCGCGUUCUACCGAUACUCUUGGCCUUCCCAUCGGCCAGCACAUCUCCCUCGCCGCUACCAUCGCCGGCCAGCCCAAAGAAGUCGUCCGCUCGUACACGCCGAUCACAUCCGACGAAGACAAGGGCCAUGUUGACCUGCUCAUCAAGUCAUACCCCACCGGCAACAUCUCCAAGCAUGUCGCGAGCUUGAAGAUUGGAGACACAAUCAAGGUCAAAGGCCCCAAGGGAGCUAUGGUCUACACACCCAACAUGGUUAGGCAUUUCGGUAUGAUUGCCGGUGGCACUGGUAUUACGCCCAUGCUCCAGAUCGCAAAGGCUAUCAUGCGUGGACGCUCUACUGGUGACAAGACCGCCGUCGACCUCAUUUUCGCCAACGUCAACCCCGAGGAUAUCUUGCUCAAGGACGACUUGGACGCGCUAGCGGCUAAGGACCCCAAGUUCAAUGUCCACUACGUUCUGAACAACCCACCCGAGAACUGGACCGGCGGCACUGGUUUCGUUACUGCCGAUAUGAUCAAGGAGAAGCUUCCCGCGCCAGCGAGCGAUGUUAAGAUCCUCAUUUGUGGACCACCGCCCAUGGUUGCGGCCAUGAAGAAGGCAACCGAGAGCCUGGGCUACGCCAAGGCAAGGCCAGUCAGCAAGCUUGAGGACCAAGUCUUCUGCUUCUAGAUGCUGGAGAUGUUGGCUUGCCAGAUAUAUAACUCAGAUAUCCACAUCCUCCACUAAUUGAUACCAUUGUGGGGAUAUCCCACUUUUGUCAGUUGAUCUUCUUUCUAGCACCCGU